AUGAGCGUUUUCCCGUCCGUUCGUGUUUUCCGUGGGCUCGCGGGGCGUCCCCGGGCCGAGCGGCCGCAGCGGGGCUCUGCCGAAGGACGCGGUGCCGGGAGCCAGAGUGCCUUUAAUUCCCGGGAAAGGCGGGUGCGUGCGCGAGGACGGAAAUGGGCCGCCCUCUUUGUGCGGGAAAGACGAUCUUUCAAACUCCAUGGACGUUACAUCCACAAAACAUGCUUUUCCGUGAAGGCUCUACGCCACGGAGCGCCGUGCCGGUGUCUUAUCCGAGCCCAAACGUUUGCCUGGGAUCAACGGCACGGCGAGUUCCGCGAGGCGCAGCGCGCCGCGUGGCGUCGGGAGCCGGGCUCCGCGCUGGCCGUGCCCGCGGUGCCGCUGGAUCCGGAGCACGAGCCACGCUCGCACGCGGUGUUUGCGGAUUACGUCCCCUCUAAUUCCUAUGGAGUCAAGAGGGCUUCCACGCUGACGCCAAGCUCAGGAAGUGGGUGUGACGGGGGAGCGGAGGGCAGCGAUGCCGGGGACACCGAGCGCACCGGGGACACCGGGGGCACCGGGGACACCGAGCGCACCGCGGCGCUCCGCAGCGCUGCCGAGGGCGGCAGCGACAUAUGCUCGGUUGUCAGGGAGCGCUCCAACACAUCCCGGGCAGACGCGGGAGCGCUCCCGCUCUCCGCGUGCUCCGAGCCCCGCUCGCGCUGCGGCGCUGCGGCGCGAGGUGACGGACAGAACUUGGUGACGGAGGACGUGACAGUAGUGGAGGGAGACGUUGCCACCAUCAGCUGUCGGGUGAAGAACAGCGAUGACUCGGUGAUCCAGCUCCUCAACCCCAACAGGCAGACCAUUUAUUUCCGAGAUUUCAGACCGCUCAAGGACAGCAGGUUCCAGCUGGUGAACUUCUCCAACAGCGAGCUGCGAGUGUCGCUCACCAACGUCUCCAUUUCCGACGAAGGAAGGUACUUCUGCCAGCUCUACACCGAUCCCCCCCAGGAGAUUUACACCACCAUCACCGUGCUGGUCCCGCCACGCAACUUGGUGAUUGACAUCCAGAAGGAAAUUGCCGUCGAGGGAGAAGAGAUUGAGCUGAACUGCACUGCCAUGGCCAGCAGACCCGCCACCACCAUCAGAUGGUUCAAAGGGAACAAGGAGCUCACUGGCAAAUCGGAGGUGGAGCAGUGGUCCGACAUGUACACGGUGACGAGCCAGCUGCUGCUCAGGGUGGGCCGCGAGGACGACGGCGUCCCCGUCAUCUGCCUGGUGGACCACCCCGCCGUCAAGGACCUGCAGACGCAGCGCUACCUGGAAGUCAUGUGUGAGUAUCCGAGGAGCUGCACUCGCAGCGCACAAAAAGCAGCUGGCUGCUCACCGGCAAAAACGGUGAACGUGGUGAAAACGAAACACUCCCUUGGUGCCUUCCGAGCCUCCGGCGCUGCCCUUGGUUUAAUUCCGUGGGGUCGGCACUCGCGGCCUACGGACAUGAGGUGGUUAAGAGUAGAUGAUGAGAUGCCUCAACACGUUGUAGUGUCUGGUUCAAACCUUCUCAUUAGUAACCUAAACAAAACAGAUAAUGGUACAUACCGCUGUGAGGCUUCAAACGCGGUGGGGAAAUCACAUGCGGAUUACAUGCUGUUUGUAUACGAUCCCCCCACAACUAUCCCUCCUCCCACAACAACCACCACCACUACCACCACCAUCCCUACCACCAUCUCAGACACAACGGCGACGACAGAACCGGCAGUUCACGGCUUUACUCAGUUGCCAAAUUCCGCAGAGGAGCUGGACUCUGGGGAUCUCUCAGAUUCUCGUGCAGGUGAGGAAGGGGCAAUACGGACGGUGGACCAUGCGGUGGUCGGUGGCGUGGUGGCCGUGGUCGUGUUUGCCAUGCUUUGCCUGCUCAUCAUUUUAGGGCGAUAUUUUGCCAGACAUAAAGGUACCUACUUCACCCACGAAGCCAAAGGAGCCGACGACGCCGCGGACGCCGACACUGCGAUCAUCAACGCCGAGGGCGGCCAGAACAACUCGGAGGAGAAGAAGGAGUAUUUCAUCUAG